UAAAUUUGAUAUCCGUCCACCGCUUCCCAGUAGAGAGAGAGAGAGAGCGAGGAGAGAGAGAUAGAGAGAGAUGGGAGUGGUGAUAAUAGACGGAUCGACGGUGAGAGACUUCGUCGGGGACGAGGAGCACUUCAAGAAGAGCGUGGACGAGCAGUUCGCGGCGCUGGACCUCAACAACGACGGCGUCCUGUCCCGGUCGGAGCUGCGGAAGGCGUUCGAGCAGAUGCGCCUCAUCGAGACUCACUUCGGCGUCGACGUCGCCACGGCUCCCGCCGAGCUCACGAAGCUCUACGACUCCAUAUUCGAGCAGUUCGACUGCGACAAGAGCGGCGGCAUCGACCUCGCCGAGUUCCAAUCGGAGAUGAAGAAGAUCCUGCUGGCCAUCGCCGACGGCCUCGGCUCCUCCCCCAUCCAGAUGGCCCUCGAGGACAACGACUCCAACCUGCUCAAGCGAGCCGCCGAUCUCGAGGCCUCCAAGAUUCACUAAUUAAUCAAUCCCCACCGCCUUGCCUUUCUCGUGCCGCCCUAAAUUUCAAACAAUAAAGUAAGUCUCUGUUGAAUCUGCCUGUUGCGUUUGAUUAAUUUGUCUGUAACAUCAUAUGUCGAUCAGGAAUCGUCCGUCUACUUUUACCUAGCUUUCUAAGUAAAUCGUCCAUCUUAAUUACAUGUCUUAAGUCUUGUUAAUUAACGCUACUGUAAACAAAUACUCCGUAAUUUUAUCUGCUUCUUAGGGCUUCCGUCUUCA